CUCUCUCUCUCUCUGGCUCUCAUACAUACAUACAUACAAAUUACAAACAGUUGUAUAGAUAUAUCCAUUGAAAUGCAAUCAUUGCUACUUUCAAAGACUCAUGGUUCCAAAUCUUGAAAAGCAAAAAUGAAGUGGGUUUUGAAUUUUGAUGGUGAGUGAGCUGAAGUUAAUAAGAUAGAUCUUUAGAGGCAUUGGGGGUGGUUGGGUAAGUCUGAGAUCAUGGGUUCAACUAGUAGCAAACCCAAUGCCGCCGAGUCAUCGUCGGAUAUUCAGAGAUAUCGAUCCAAAGGAAGUAAAGUGUUCAAGUCUUCGUGUCUCGGCACACCCUCUGGAUCUCACAACGACGGUGACAAUGACGAGCCCCCCCAGGUUUCUGACCAUCAGACGAAAGCAAGUGGGAGUGACUGCCCUUGUACUGAUGAAUCUAAAUCAGGCUCUGUUGAAGUGAGACCUGAAUGUUACAGAAAGGUGGAAAUUGAACAACAUGAUGAAACGGCCAUCAUACCUUCCAACCUGCAGCUUGAUGAGUGGAACCAAUCAAGCCUCUCAGAUACCGCCUCUAGAGCUGGUAAUGCUUCUUCCCAAGCAUUAUCUUCUCGAUCGUCGAACCCUUCAAAUCACUUGUGUUCUCGCUUUAGUUUGUUUCCUGGUAACAUAAGCUUCAGGCUAAGCAGGGCAAAUAGUUCAGGGUCUUCAAGGGCUUAUCCUGCAUCUUCGACAAGUUUCACAAUUUUGAAUGAUGAAGACGAGCUGCAUCUACAUAAAGGUCCCGCUGGAGGCCUAAGAAAGAGAAAUGACAGUCGACGAGGUUGUGACUUGUUUUCGGCAUGCCUCACUAACAGAUCUCCAAGACCACAGUAUGAAGAUUUUGCUUCUGGCAACUUGCGGUCACAUCGUUCAACUUCUUGCUUUACUGAUCAUUUGCAAGAUGAUCAAAUAAGUUCCAUUCGUGAUGUGCCCAGGGAUGUUGAUAAUUCUAGAGUCGAGUUUAAUGUGAAUUUACGUUCUCCUAGAAAUCAAACUGAAAUAGAGGGUUCUGAGACAAGACUUGCUGAACGGCGGGUUGGAGCUCGAGAACCUGUGGAAAGGAAUGUUCAGUUCAGUAGAACCCUAAGUGUUGGUAGACUUCGUGACAGAGUUCUUCGCAGGUCAUCAUUUGCUGAUUUGACAUUUUGUCCCUUGCAAGAAGAGAUGGAAGUGAGAGAUGCUAGUCAAGGUAGUGGGAUACAGGCCUUGGGUGGAGGAACAGGAGCAACAGCAUCCAAUGACAAUGACCUAACCUCAACAAUUUCUUCUGGUUAUGCUCCAUCCACUGUUACCAGUUCCUUGUACAGCAGUCAAGAUUAUGAAGUAGAAACCUCACAUCCAAGAGAAGGCAGGUAUCAUGAUCUCUUGGAACGUAGGUCAAAUUUCCUUGAACGGAGAAGAAGAAUAAGAUCUCAGGUACGUGCUCUUCAGCGGUUGGGUAGCCGUUUCGAGAACCUCUCUGGACAUGAAAGGUCUUGUAUCUUAUCUGGUCACAAUCGAACAGGUCGUUGCUCAUGUCGUAUAGGUUCUCGAGAUCCUAAUUCAAAUGAUGACACAAAUGCUAGGGCUAGCAUAUCAAGGAUUGUUAUGUUAGCUGAAGCUUUGUUUGAGGUUCUGGAUGAAAUUCACCAGCAAUCUGUAGUUUUAUCCUCCCAGCCUUCUGUGUCUCCAAUCGGAUCUGUUCCUGCACCUAAUGAAGUUGUGGAAUCCCUUCCUUUGAAAGUAUAUAGUAAAAUGCAAAAGCAUCUGAAGGAAGAAGCUGCACAAUGUUACAUCUGCCUUGUUGAGUAUGAAGAAGGAGAUAGUGUGCGGAUACUGCCUUGCCAACAUGAAUUUCAUAGAACAUGUGUUGACAAAUGGCUAAAGGACAUGCACAGGGUAUGUCCACUUUGUCGUGGCGACAUCUGUAGAUCUGAUACAUUGCCUGCAGAGAAUUAAACAGAUUGAGGUCUGGUUUCUCACAGACCAUCCCAUCAACUGAGAGAAGUGGAGAGAUUCUGCCUAUUGGCAAGAAUGGAAAGUCAUGCCAGAUUAUAUGAUGGUUUGAGAAGGGCGGUCUUUUUCUUCUGGUGUGGUUUGUUGCUUUGCUUAUUAGUUGUGUUGGUUGUGAUAUAAAGCUUCUGCCUGGUCAAUUUGACCGAACGAUUCAUGCCAUGUCUCCUGCAAUACUAGAAGCUGCACUGAGAGAGAGAGAGAGAGAGAGGUUCUUUCCGGUAGAGCAAUACUCUGAGUAAAUUAAUGAAAGGGCCUUCAAUUUGUUCUAUAUUCUUAGCUGGUUUGUUGUGUCUUUUGUUUGGCAUAGUUACAUGGUGUUAUCACAUGCCUGGGUAGUUUUGCCUUCUAAAUGAAAGAAAUUCAAAUUUUACUUUCCCUCGUGGGCUUAUUAUGAUCUUACCUUUCAGAUUUGGUGAGUAAACAACAAAGCUGCACAAGCUUUUGCUUACAUUUAGUAGACCAAGCACAAUUGCAAGUACUAUACGAAUUCUAUUUGGUAUGUCUGCUACUUUGAAUACAUUUUGGUUCAGG